AUGCACAAGACCUGUUUCAUUGGUUUCGCCUCCACCGUCGUCUUCAUCAACUUUAUACUUUCCACUGAUGCCUUUUCGGUGACGCCGCCCCCCCUUCUCCAGCGCCUCGUGGCGACUCGAGGAGGGGGCAUCCACACUGACGUUUCUUUCUCACUACAUGUUUUCAGCAACAGCAACAAUCACGACGACGGCGGCGGCGAUGAAGACGUGUUUGAUGUGGAGCAGGCUCGCAAACGCCUCGAAGGAUUUUGGAUGACUGGCGGCGGCGGAGAAGAAUCCUUUUCGUCGGAAUUGCAGCAACAGACGAUGGAACGUCCUACUAUUCGAUCUCCCACGUACAGUCCUGCGCCGCACAAAAAUCCCGAGUUGGAUGUGGUGAUUCCUCCGGCGCCUCCUUUGACGACCAUUGAACGAGAACGCCGCGAAGCGGAGAUCCAGUUGCUCGGUCAACUUGUGGAGGGUGACGAGAGUGUCACGGAUUUGUGGACCUUGUGGUUUUCAGAACGCGGCAGUGACGCUGCGCAACAAUUGGUGAGGGCCGAAGAACUCACGGGAGAAGGUCCCUCUGGAUGGCAGAGGGCGGAAGAAAUUCUGCGCGAUCUCAUUGAAGAACACGGCGUGUACUGGGUCGAACCCGUCAAUCACUUGGCUACCUUGUAUUACAUGCAAGGACGUGUCGACGCCGCGGAAACUCUCUGCCAAAUUGUGUUGGCCGUCAAACCUUGGCAUUUUGGUGCCCUCAGUUCCAUUGUCAUGAUUUAUGCGGCGCAAGCCAAUUCCGAAAAGGCUCGUUUGUGGGCGGCCAGUCGACUCCCCGCCUUUGCUCCCAACGGGGCCAACCGCAGGAGGAUUGCGUGGGCCGAACAGGCGGUUCUUUCGGCCAAGGAGUCCUUUGUGAAUGCGGAGAAACGAGUUCAGGAUCUUUUUGGAGAGCCCGAUGAUUACAGUGUCGAACAGCAGACGGAUAUGUGGGAUGAUGAUGCCUGGCAGUGA